GAGAGAUGCUCAGAGAGGGAAAGGCAGAGGGAUAGGUGUCUACAGGCUGCAUCUUCUCCACUCAUACAUUUGGAGAAGGGGGAGACAGAGGAAGAGCUGAAUAGUAGCUACACCCUGCGCCUGGAAGCGUAGAGACACUGUAACAAAGGCUGGCAAUUCUUUUUAGCAAUAACACAGAGAAGGGAGAGAGAGGGGCUCUGAAAUCGAGGAAAAUAGAAAAAGGCAAGUUUUGAGGGGGACUUCUGCUUCAUUUCAUCUGAAAGAUUCAUCCCCUGCCAUCAUCAGCAUGACCAUAAGCUCUAAGUAACAUUCGGCAAUAACGGUAUAAAAAAAAAACGUGAUUUCCAGCAACAGACGCGCGCUAUCCUAUUUUGAUUUAUUAUAAUCUGGGGGGGAAAGAUCAACCGAAUGCCUGCGAGAAUCUGGAUAUACUCUCUGAAAUCAUAGGAAAGAGCGAUCUAACAAAGAAAACUACAUUCUGAUUGAUCUUUAAGCUUGAUGUGCGUGUUUCUGCACGCACCCGAAACGAACCUGAACCUAAAGCAAACUCCUCAGACUCCUCCUCCCUCCUCCUCCUCCUCCCCUCGGUUUCUCUCAUCCUCUCCCCCCCCCCCCCACCCCCGGUCCUCCUAUGCUCAGUUCGGUGUGUGUAUCCUCUUUCAAAGGGCGCAAGGGUGGGAACAAGUCGUCCAACAAAGCAUGUUACAGCGCAGACAUGACUUGUCCGUCGGAAAGCGAGAAAAUCGUGAUAAACUGCGGGGGGGUGCGGCAUGAGACCUACCGGAGCACCCUGAAAACGCUGCCCGGCACCCGCUUGUCCUGGCUCACCGAGCCGGACGCGUUCAGCAACUUCGACUACGACCCCAAAUUAGACGAGUUCUUCUUCGACCGACACCCGUCCGUGUUCUCCUUCAUCCUCAACUACUACCGCACCGGCAAGUUGCACUGUCCCAACGACGUGUGCGGGCCGCUGUUCGAGGAGGAGCUGGCGUUCUGGGGCAUCGACGAGACGGACGUGGAGGCGUGCUGCUGGAUGAACUACCGGCAGCACCGGGACGCGGAGGAGGCGCUGGACAGCUUCGAGAACCCGGAGCCGGACGCGCCGGACGACGACCCGGCUCUGGGCGGCGCGGACGGGGACUUGAAAAGACUUUGCAUGCAGGAGGACGCCAGGAGAGCGGGCUUUUGGAAAAUCUGGCAGCCCAGAAUAUGGGCGCUGUUUGAAGACCCGUACUCCUCCAAGUAUGCCCGGUAUGUGGCUUUUAUUUCCCUUUUCUUCAUCCUCAUCUCCAUCUCCACUUUCUGCAUGGAGACACAUGAGGCCUUCAACACCAUCUUAAACAAGACGGAGAACGUCACAACAAACAACGGGACCUGGCGUGAAGAGAUAGUAUACGAAGUGGUGACUGACAGCUGGUUGACGUACGUGGAAGGUGUGUGUGUCAUCUGGUUCACCAUCGAGGUGUUGCUUCGAGUCAUCUUCUGCCCAGACAAGUUGGAGUUCUUCAAAAGUGCCCUCAACAUCAUCGACUUUGUUGCCAUCCUGCCCUUCUACCUGGAGGUUGGCCUGAGCGGUCUGUCCUCCAAAGCUGCCAAGGAUGUGCUGGGGUUCCUCCGCGUUGUCCGAUUCGUCCGUAUCCUCCGAAUCUUCAAACUGACCCGCCAUUUUGUGGGUCUCCGUGUCCUCGGCCACACCCUUCGUGCCAGCACCAAUGAAUUCCUUCUGCUCAUCAUCUUCCUGGCCCUCGGUGUCCUCAUCUUUGCCACCAUGAUCUACUAUGCCGAGCGAAUUGGUGCAGACCCAGAUGACCCGACGGCCAGCGCUCACACCAACUUCAAAAACAUCCCCAUUGGAUUUUGGUGGGCCGUCGUAACCAUGACCACGCUGGGUUAUGGCGAUAUGUACCCAGAGACGUGGUCGGGGAUGCUGGUGGGUGCGCUGUGUGCCUUGGCCGGUGUGCUAACCAUCGCUAUGCCUGUACCUGUCAUUGUCAACAACUUCGGCAUGUACUACUCUCUGGCUAUGGCCAAGCAAAAGCUGCCCAAAAAGAAGAACAAACACAUUCCUCGAGCGCCCCAGCCAGGGUCCCCCAACUACUGCAAGCCAGACGCCCUGGCAAUGGCAACCGCAUCUCCACAAAGGAUCAUGGGGAAUGUCUUGGGCGGAGUGAUGGGAUCCGGAGGCCUUGCAGGGGACUGUCCUCUCGCCCAGGAAGAAAUUAUAGAGAUCAACAGAGAUUCCAAGCAGAACGGCGACGCCGCCUCGGCCGCCCUGGCUAACGAAGACUGCCCCACCAUUGACCAGGUGCUGAGCCCAGACGAGAGGAGUCCUAUUGGGCGAGGGCCCACUCGGGAACGUUACCAGCAGGACAGAGCCUGCUUCCUACUCAACACCAGGGAAUUCCGUGCCACAGAUGGGAAUGUGCGGAAAGAGGCAGCAGCCCUGGCACCCAGCCCAGACUCCCCUCUGACUGAGGAUUGGUUAAAGAUGGAGGGGUCUCUGUUACAGCAGGACCUCAAUGCAAACUCCACCUCCUCCUGGAUCAAACCGUAGCCCAGAGUGUUAAGUUUCUAGCAUUCGCCUUCUCUCUUAUGAGGAGUCAGUAACCAGUAGACAAAAUUGCGGUGGGAGCCACAUAAACGACAGGCAUGUCACGGAUGGAAAGUUUAAAGGAGAUCUUUGGGGGUAACAAGAGAGACCAGAGGUUUUCCUGAAUUUCAAAAAAGAGAGAAAAAAAAGAAAAAAAUAUAUAUCACAUGGUCUGCUCCUCACAUUGUUACCAAAGCAGCCUCCUGGAACUCUGAUCACACCUUUUGACAACUGCCCGACCGAUUUUUUUCUUUUUUGUUUUUGUUCCCCCACCCCCUCCACCUUCUUUUUUCUGCAAAUUGACUGAGCAUUGCACUUACACACUUUUGGAGAGGAUAGGACUCCUGAUUACACAUUCCAGAUGACGUCGCUCUGACACUAUAAAUCCCAUCUUGUUGAUCAACUCAGCACCGUCUCCAGGGCUGCACAGCUGAGCAACUUCAAGAGUUUCAGAAAGAGAGAUUUAAAAAAAAAAGAAGAAAACAAAACACUUCUCUUCAACAGGACUGAAUGAACACUGUAGCAUUUCUGCUAACAUAUUGUAGCAUCUGUUGGCUGGGAAAUAACUUGACUUAAUCCAUCAACAGUUCAAAGAGAGAGGAAUUUAUGCAUUCAAUGGAUCUUUUAGAUGUCAUUUUCCUCAUGGGUUUUUUUUUUUCCAGUGAAGAGAAAAAAAAAAAACAACCUUCAAAGAUGGAGUACAUGAGAGACAAAGGAUGGGUCUGAUUCAUUAGCUCACUUUGCGUUUCAAAAAUGCACAAAUAUGAACUCAGUCACAAAUGCACAGUAUUUAACAGCACCCUCCAAGAGUCCCUUGUUAAAGUUGAAUAUACUUGUAUAAUAUGUUUGCCACUGAAUCUAUGUCUUCCAUUAACUUCUACCAGAGUAAAAACGCUGCCCUCCCCCCACUUGUACUGAGAUUGUCCCAAAACAACUAUGAAGCCGAGCAAAUUAAGCACAUGUAGCAUCAGCUCAAACAAGUCAUGUCACACCGAAGGCCAACUGAAGCGGUCUCAUACAUCUCAUAAUGGUGGAAAAAGACUUAUCUUUAUCUCUCAUGUACUGAUGUUGGCUUGCCCGAGAAUCCAUGUGGGAUACCAAAGGUCCUAUAGCAUGUAGAUGCUCAAUGGCCUUCUGUAAUGUGUAGUAGAUUAGGAGAAAUUAUUCUACGUAGGGUGAGGCUUCUGUUCACCCUCAUGCUGGUCAUUGCCUCUCAGUCUUUAAACUGCCACUAACAUCCCAUGCCUGUAAGCACAUAUGCACAUGUUUGACUAACGCAGUCACGAGGAGCAAAAAGACUCCAGGAGUCUAGUCUUAAAGUCCUGUUGGUUGAAGAUAUCAGGCUGCCAAAAAAAAUGCCGCUCCUAAUUCCCAAAAAAAACUAAGUUUACUGCCAGUGCAAGUACAAGUGCACAUCAGCUUAUGAAUGGUCUGAUAUCUUGCGAGGGACCAAUCUGAGCAUCAUUCCCCCGAACACAAAGGCCAACACUGCCAUUCAGGCUCAAGACUCCCCAGAUGCAUACUGCCCUGUCUCUCUCUUGUCCCUUUUUCAGCCAACGAUUGCUUAACUGGCUGUUCAAUGUUAAGAUGAAGAUACAGGGGAGCCUUUAAGGGAAGAAGGGUACAUGAGAAGAAGAAGUGGACCAAGACCAGAGCACGCAUGGACAUGUACAAAGAGAACAAAUCUAUAUUUUGAUAAACAAUUCUACAACUCUCCAUGACUUCGGAUUAUGUUUCUCAACAACAAAGGUUCAGAAAGGCAGAUUAAAAAAAACAAAACAACAAAAAAAAUACAAAGUCUCAUGCAAAUGUGAAAAGAAUAAAUGCUGUGGUGAAAUGGAAUCCCUGAAAAAGAAGAAACUGGAUGAGUAUUGCUCACGAGGGGUGUGCAACGCCGCUUACUCCACAAGCACUGGGAAAUGCUUUCAUGAAAGACAUAGAGCAAUGACUGACUCAUGCCUACGCAGGCAUGGGGAAGACAAAAGACGGACACUGAGAUAAAUGGAAAAAAAAAAAGAUAAUGCAUUUUUGUAACUUUGUUUACCAGCAUGACUACUUUGCAUGACUGUCUUUUCUGCAAGCCCUUAGUUGAAGACAAGGGUGCUAGAGAUACAAAAAAGUAUAUAUAAAAUAAAUUAAAAAAGUGUUAUAUGCAAUUCAUGUUUUAAAAAAGAUUAUAAUGAAAGAGAAGAGCUAUAUUUUGUUUUGAAAAGUGAAAAAAAAAUGUGAAUAUUGAAACAUGUAUGUUUGCAAAGUACACCCUGAUCUAUGUUUCGUUUGAUGAAAUCUCUCUGCUACUACUGCCCUACACUCUUCAUUCCAGUGUUUAUGACCUCUGCCAUAGUUUUCUUUUGUAAUGCGUUAAGCGGUAUAUUUUCUAAAUAUUCAAUCAACAGACUUUGCCUGUAGCAUCUGCGCAAAUGACGUUAGUUCUUGCUAAACCACGUUUUAUCCCUGAAUUGUUUGCACAACUUCCGUAGCAAAAGCAGCAGCAGUUCUAAAACAACAGCUCUCCAUACCACAACUUUGACAGCUUCAUUCAUGGUUUCUUUUUAUUUCAAUUUUUUUUUCCCUUCGGCAAUAAUACCAGAGUUGUCAUGUGGCUGUAGCAGGUACAUCGGAAGAACUUGAGUCCUUCCAGUUUCUUCAAGGCUUUGGUGUCGGGGUCUAGGAUGCCCCCGCCUUUGCAAGAUUUUGAUGGGAUGGGCUGUUCUCUUACACUCAGUAGAAAAACAGGAGUAAAAUUGUGUCUCAUCCAUUGAAUACCGACACUGCUGUAGGAGAUACUAUACUGGCAAAGAGUCAAGAGAGAUUUCAGGUUUGCAUGGAACUGACUGCCAUUCCAAAGUCUGUGUGGUUUUAAGGACUCAGGUGUGCCAAUAAUGUGUGUGGAUGUAGUUGUUUUUGGUAUUUUAAUAUUUGGCAUAAUAAAUUCUAGUAUAUAGACAAGGAUAAUGUGAACACCUCACAGUGAUGUGUAAAAAAAAAAGCAUGCAUUAUGACUUGAUAAUCUCUCAAGGGGGAAGAGUCUUGACAUUCCCCCUUGGCCUCCUGUCAUUGUUUGUCAUGAAUCCAGUCGUGAUAACUAGAAACACUGUGCCGUGUUGUAGAGCAGAAACGUCUUCCUCGGAGAGGCAACUGAAAACUACUCACACUCCCAGUGUCAGCAUGAGUGUGUAGAGGUAGCACGUCUUGUUUUGGGGUUUUUUCUUUUCUUACUUUUUUUGUUUUUAAGAUGGUCUGGUGUUAGCUUCCAUCGUUUACCAUAGAGUUACCAUCGUCCUGUUGCCUAGCUCGUUGCAGCACGCGACAUAGUCACGUAAGCACCAGUCAAAGAGACCCAGAGCUUCCAAAAUUGAUGUCAGAAACUGCGAAAGUCAGUGAUAAAUAUCAGUGUCCACCAAGAGGAGAUUGAUUAUGAUCUAAUAAUUAAAAAAAAAAAAAAACUAACGAAAAAAAACUACAAAAAAAAAAACAAAAAACGGAAGAAUCUCAUUGUUGAGGUUUUCUUCAAGAAUCUACUCCUUGGGUUGGUGUUCCAAGUGAGUUUCCGGCCCUGCUGGUCCAGGGUUCAGCUCAGGCAGCUGAAUGGUCCUCUGUCCAUUCUUAGUGAAUUUUGAGCUGGAGGCUCACCACAAACUGAGACUCAGUGGAGUAAUAGAGACUACAGACAGUAUUCAGCACUUCUGUUGAGUCUGCGCUGGUGUUACAGGGUCUAGAACUUUUAUCUAUUUGCAAAAGUGGUCCAUGGGAUUUUAGUUUUGGUCCUGUAUCUUUUCUAAAACACACAUUUUUCAGUUCCCAUUUCAGAUGGCAUUAGGCUACUUAUGAUAUUGUUUGGACACAGAGAUGUUAGUGAAAAUUUUUAGAUGUGGUGUGUGCACAUCUACUUACAAAACCGUUGUGCUUCACCCAGCUGUUUAUGCUUUUUACGGCCAAGUACUGUCUUUACCUGCUGACGUUUUCCGCUGUUAGGUCUGCCUUGUCUUUGUUCACCACCUUGUGACUGCCCUGCCGAUGCGAGGUUGAAAAAAGAUGUCUUUUCUUUUCCAAUGCAUAAUACUGCCAUUUGAUUUAGACACGUGGAGGAGAAUGGGUUACAAUGUCGAGAGUGCUAAGUCUGUUUUAUUUUUGAAGGUUUGCAAACUUUAGAAAAUGUUAUAUAUUUCAUGUAAAAAAAAAGAAGAAGAAAAAGAAAUCAUACAACCAAAACAAAUAUGCUUUACAUAGUAAGUAGAUACCACAGGUAUCUGCAGGUAUUUGGAAGGUGUCAUGUGAUCUUGUGAUGACAAAUCAUCAAUAGUUUUCUGCUUUAUUUUGUUUUUUUCUUUAAAUGCCUGUUUCUGUUUGAUAUGUUCUUAUUUUUAUUAGUAUUAUUUUAUUUUGGAGGACACUUGUAUGCAAUCUGCACCACUAUUGCCACUGAUUGACACUUACUGUAUGCUCCCUGAGACACAGACGUGAUGUCAUCAGUUCAGAUGAUUGCAACCGUAUAUUAAGUGGGUUUAUGGCUUUCCGUAAAGCUACAUAGCAAUCAAACGUAUUAAGAAAUAUUUUGUUUUACAAAUUGAUGAGACCAGAUUCAAUUCAGAGGAAAUUAUAAAAAUAGAUUUUUCUAAUAUAAUAAAAGUUAUUUUAAUUAGAAAAGCUAUAAAAGUCAAACCUAUAUACAUAUGUUUAAUUUAGCAUUCUUGCAUCAUGCAUCCGUGUAAGCAUUCCAAAGAAUAAUUUUACAUGCUAUCAAAUGAUAUAAAACAGACUUUAGUAGUGGUCCAUUGUACUGUGGUCUUAGUAGGGGUGUGAAUGGGGAGAAGAGGAGGUCACUGGAGCAUCUGGUCGUGAUUUCUGCCGGAUUUCAUUUUUGAAAUGUUGGGACACUAAGAACAACUCAUCAAAAACUGUAUAAAGUAUAUUUCAAUGGAAUGUUCAUGAUCUAUCUUUUUAUAUUUCAAAGAAAAAAUAGAGACAUAUCAAUAAAGCGUCAUAAUUGAACAUAUUUCUACUAUUGAGACUUAAAAUGUAUGAAUGUCAAUGCGAUCUAAUGUGAAUCAAUCUCCAUAGCAGCUUGAAUGAUUAACUGAUUAACGGUCAUAUGAUGCUUUUUCAGAGACAUUAAAAUUGCUUCAAAGUCAUUAAAAUCAACUUAAAAUAAAUGAAAA